UGAAUUCUUUUAUGUUAUUGUCAUAACUUCUUCUUCCAAGUAUUGACUUGAGCACUAUUUUAUGAACACUAUUACGCGAUAUGAUAUCAAUCAAUUUUACAAUGUAACGUAUGAAAAGAAUUGAUAAAUAUUACUGCAUUUUACAAUAAACUAUCACCACAGAAUCAAGAAUUGAUGUUGAUCUGGUAUAAGUUCAAUAUAUGUCUUAAAGGACGUAUACAAUCCAUAUCGUAAGGAUUUUGAAAUAAAAGACAAAAAAUAAAAGCAUAAUUUACAUAAAAUAAAGAUCAUCAUGAUUGGACCAGAUUUACCAGAAAUACCACUACCUUUGAAAAAUAUACAGCAGUAUCUAAAGAUAGCAUCACAGCAUGACCAACGAGAUCCUGUUGUUGGUUAUUGGUGUCGGGUGUAUGCCUUCCAAACAGGAUUCAAGUUAUCAACCAAAACUGCAAAAGAAACAAAUUUUUUAAUGGAAUUAAUGGAUUGGUUAGAAAAAACUAAAAAGAAAUUACACGAUAAUGAAGCUAUUACAAAUGAUGUAGCUGCCCAGGCUCAUUUAGAGAAUUGGGCAUUGAAGCUAUUUCUUUAUGCAGAUAAAAAUGACAGAGCUGCUAAUUUUGAAAAGAACGUAGUAAAAAGCUUUUUUACAGCUGGAUUACUUUAUGAUGUAUUAACUGUGUUUGGAGAGUUAACUGAAGAAGCUAUACAAAAUAGGAAAUAUGCCAAAUGGAAGGCUGCAUAUAUUCACAACUGCCUGAAGAAUGGUGAAACACCAAUUCCAGGACCCAUGCAAGAGGGUAAUGAGAAUGAUGAUUUGAAUAAAAAUAUGGAAGAAGAUUCACUAAUAACAGAGGCAAAAGAAGAUGAUACAUCAAACGCAGAUGAAUUAGUUGGUACCCGUAAUACUAACCCGCCUGACGCAGUACAUGGUACAACAAUUAAAGACAAUAUCGACAAAUGGUCUUCUGGCAAUAAAGAUUGCAAAACUCUUAUGGAAACAGAAGGUGGAGUUGAAUUGUCAGUGGAGCAAAUUGGCAAAGCACAAAAAUUUAUUAAAUGGGCUGGAAGUGCUUUAAAUUACGACGAUGUGCCUACAACUGUAUUGAAUCUUCGAAAGGCUUUACAUCUCUUAACCACUGGUCAAGAACUUGAAUGAUCAAAACUAAGCUUGAAAAUGUUGAUGAAAUGGAUUAUUUCAUCUAAUCUGAUAAAUGAUAAAUUUUAUUGCUUCUAAACAAUAAAGUAGAUACGAAUAUUUAUGAUUUAAUUAAUGCAAAAGUAAAAAUGAUAAGUUAUUUAUUUGAAUUGUUCACAUUAUUACAGCCACACCAAAUUAAACAUAUUUUUGAAAUAUAAAUUUGUUUUGUAGAGGCGUAUAAAAUCGAUAUUAUUAUUUAAACUUGUAUUAUUGUAAUGAUUGAUAUUGUAGUUUCAAAUAUACAUAUAUGUAUAUAUAUAUAUAUAUAUAUAUAUCGUCAAAUUUUAAUAUCACAAAACAAAUUAUUAUACAUUAGUGAACCUAUAAAGAAGAUUUUCACAUAAAAAAAGAUAAUUAAAAGUUCAGAAUGGAUCUUAGUAAAAUGAGAAUUACAAUGAAAAUGAAUUUCUUUUCUAUUGUAGUCAAAUGUCUAAACUGACUUAGUUUUGUGUGUGUCUGUGCGAAUGCGCGCACGCGCGCGCGUGUGGGUAAAUGUGUGGGUGCGCCAGAUUCAUAAAUGGUUUCUGUACCAUUUCACGUAAUUAAUACUUUAAUACUUUGUAAUAAAAGUAUUAUUGUACAUACAAGUGAGUGUGCUUUACCACGUGUUUCUUCGCUAUUUUAAUUUUCAUAUUACCUCGUAGGUAUCUUUAUUUAAUUCAAUUAUCUCUGUCGAUUGUAAAUUUAAUAUUUUAAAAAACAAA